AUGGAAGCACCAUCACACUUCCCCUACAACCCGACGAUGAUGCCACGGAGAUUGGACUAUCUGGGGCUGAAAGGCUACCACAUGUCCGCAGCAUAUGUAGGAGAGAUCAGGGAUGUUGCCAGAUCGGAUCAUGAACCCAUCGUAGCGGACAUUCCCCCCUCUGGCAAAAAACCCAAAACGAAACACACCUGGGGGCCCAGAGUGCUCAAAGAUCCUGACCAAAUUGGCACCGCCCUCCAGGAAACGCCGGAGGGGAACACAUACUAUGCCCAGGUGAAAAACAUCUGCCUUGCAAUCACGAAGCCCCAUUCGGACAGCAUAACCUUCCAUGAAAGCGAGACACUCCAACUACUACGACGAGAAGCUCACCGCACACCACCGGGGCAGGCCAGGAAACAAGCAUGGAAACAAGUCCAAAAACUCCAGAAACAAGAGCACAAACUUUGGGAAAAGGAGCUCAUCGACCAGGCAAGCCAGAUGAAUUGGAAAGCCAUGCGAGCCAUCGACCACCUCAACCAACCUCGGCAUUGGGAACAUCGACUACUGGAUCCACCAGAUUGGCCCGAUCACCUUCAACAACACUUCAAGAAGAUCUUCAACAAAGCCGACUUAGAGACGACGGAGCGGAAGCUGGAGACAACCAAGAAUACCAUCCGACAACAAUGCAAGAGAACUCCCUGGGAACCCUUUUCAGAGGAUGAAAUGCGAGUAGUAUCGCUCAAAUGGGAACCACGGAAGUCUACGGGGCCGGACAGCAUAUCCCAUGAAGCACUCCAACACCUGCUCGCAGACAAAGUAUGGACGGGCAGGCUCCGGGAGAUGCUCAAUGAUAUGUUUUACAUAGGCAGACUUCACCCCGGCAUAGCCGAAGGAGUUACCGUCCUUUUACCUAAGACCCACGCCCCGACCAGCUGGGGAGAGACCAGACCGAUCACGUUGAGCAGUACAAUCUUGAAGUGGCUGGCCCAACUUCUCCUGCAUAGAUGCGGGGAGGCAUUGUGCCAAACACCACAACAAUAUGCUUCGCCGCGCCGGCAAUCAGCGGAACUGGUCUUCAUCCUCCGCCGAGUCACCAGGAUGUCUAAGGACUGGGGAGAUCAAAUGUACGUCGUCAAGCUGGACAUCCAGAAAGCAUUUGACUCCGUGGGACAACCGGCAAUGGCAGACCUAGUUCGCAGGAAAGUAGCAGAUGCAGGAAAGCCGUGGGAAGCCCAACUGUGGAUUGACGUGAUUCGCGCGAGGGAGAUCAACGUGGCCAUUGCAGACCGCACCACCCCGGUUCCGCAAACGAAUGGAGUGCGCCAGGGCUCUCCGGACAGUCCCCGACUGUUCGCAGAACUCAUUGGAGAAUGCCUCCAAGAAACCUUGGUGGAAGACGUCCACAGCACCACACCUACCCCGCCACACCCGGCCCAACCACGGGAGCUUCCACCAUGUCCGACCUCAGGUGGCGCUUUCAUGGAUGACACAUACCUAUGGGGAGGGUGCUCCGCCCGACUACAACGCCUAAUCACCACCCUGGAAGCCCAUCUCAAACGGCAGGGCUUGGACAUACACCCCAAGAAAACAGGCAUCAUCUCCAGCCAUUCCCAGGGAAAGGGCACACCCUUCCGAAUUGGCGGGGAAACGGUGCUAGCACAAGGCCCGGAUGUCAUCCUGCACGCCCUGGGAUCGCCUCUGACCUUCGACAACGUCACUACAGCCCUGGCAGCAGAAAUGCAAGGGCGAGCAAGACGUACCUUCCACUUAAGGAAACGCAUCCUCUGCGCAGCCACACCCCUCGGGCCCCGCCUCAAGUUGCACAACACCUACGUGCGUAGCUCAGCCCUGUGGGCGUGUAACACUUGGCCAAUACAGGAGAGUCUCCUCAAGCAAGCGAACUCGCAGCAACUACAUCAAGUCCGAGCCAUGCUCGGGAGAUCACGUCAACCAACUGAGCAAUGGGCAGAAUGGAACACCCGCACCCUGCGGGAGGCGAGGAUGAUCGCACAACGAGAGCAGCUACAGCGCUGGUCCACAUUUGUUUUAUGGCAAGUGUGGGGGUUAGUGGGCCAUCUCGCCCGUGGGCAUCCCACCACUCAAGCAGUUCUCCAAUGGCGCAAUAUCAAGUGGUGGAGAGGCCAGCAAUCGCUACGCCAUGGCGCACGUCAUGCACAUCGUUUCAAUCCGCACCUCGACAUCGAGAGACACAUAGUGGCGGUUGCAGGAGAAGAUUGGCUCGCAAUAGCACAAAAUCGACAACGAUGGCAAGAACUGGGCAGCGACUUUGUGCGCAAACACGACCCCCCCUGGGCAACGGGGAGGAUCGACGACUACCGGAACCACCAUGUGGACCACCGAUGCCUCGAGUACCAACACCAACACCCGCACAAGUGCCUCUACCACCACCACGACCCCCAUGGUUCCCACGACCUCCAGGAGUACUACCCGCACGGUUCCGACGACCACCUCGACCCCCUCGACCCCCACAAACACCACGACCUCGAUGACGACCACCUCGACUACCGCGACGGUGCCCACAACCCCAACGGGGACUACCACCACGGCCUCUACCACCAUCACGACCCCUAUGACUCCCGCGACCUCUACGAGUACUGCCUGCGCAUCCACUACGACUACGACUACAACGGCUCCGACAACCUCAUCGGCCUCCUCGACCUCUACGAGCACUACGCCCUCGAUGACGACCACCUUGACUACCACGACGACUACCACCACCACGACCCCUAUGACUUCCACGACCUCUACGAGUACUGCCUGCGCAACCACUACGACUAUGACUACUGCGGCUCCGACAACCUCAUUGGCCUCCUCGACCUCGACCUCUACGGGCACCACGACCUCGAUGACGACCACCAUGACUACCACGAUGGUGCCCACACCCCCAACGAGAACUACCACCGCGGCUUCCACGAUCACCACGACCCCUUUGACUUCCACGACCUUUACGAGUACGGCCUGUGCAACGACUACGACGACUACCGCAACUACAACGGAAGCUACCAAUACCCAAACGGCAAGAACGCCUACACCAAUAUCUACGACUACGACCACCAUGACCACUACGACUUCUGUGGCUUCUACGACCUCCUCCUCGACCUCCCCCUCGACCUCGUCCUUGACCUUGACCACUACGACCACCACGACCUCCAUAGCAACCAGUCCGACUACCACGCCGAUGCCCACACCCCCGAGGGGGACCGAUACCCAGACACCAACGAAACCAACAACAACUUCUACGACCACCCCGACCUCCAUGGCUUCCACGACCCCCACGACCAACGACACCUUGAUGACAACCACCCGGCUGACAACGACGGUGUCCACGCCCACACCAAUGCCGACCACCACCUCCACUACACCGGACGACCCCACCUACGACCACCACUACCGGAACACGCAGAAUGGCCAGACAACACCUUUACCUUCCCCAUGGACCACGCGGACGACUACAUCAUCACAACGGCUCCACCGCCUGACAUCCCCCCAGUCCCUGGCAUGACAGCUGACCAACACAGGGACUGGAUCAGACGAGGAAGACUACCGCUCCAAUUCCUCACCCAAGUAGCAGCCGAAGCCCAAAGAAGAUACACGGCGGCAGCCCUGCACAAGCACCUGACUCAGCACACCGGGGCGACAACACUCGCGCCCGCGCUACCGACAGCACAAACAACCGCAGGAGACACAGCCACAGCCUCGCAUGCACCACUAACACGACCCGAGGCAGACGGACCAACAGCGCGCGAGGGGAACCACCCACCGCAAGACAUAGCGAGGCGAGAACAGCGGCUUAGGCAACCCACCAGAAUACCCCAGCACGAAGCACAGCCCGCCACACCAACCACACCAGUGCAGCCAGCGUCGCACCCCACCGCAGCAGAGGGAAGGGCGACCGCAGCGCCACCGCCAGAACGAUCCGAUCACCAGCAGUGGACAGCGGCUUACCACACCCCACAGUACUGGACAUGGACAUCGACCUGGCAACCAUGGCAAGACGGCUGGCAAGCAAACUACCACUGGCAAUGGCAUGCAGGGGCGCCACAACACAACACGUGGCAGCCGCACCACAACCAAUACGGGUGGGCAUUGCACCCCAUCGGGUCCGAGCCAAUGGCCGACCACCCACCAACCACCCACCAGUCGACCCGGGAAAUGACCGGUGAACCGGACCACUCCGCACCAACAGCCAUGAAUGGAGGCGCGCACCCGGGGUCACCCCUCACCCGACCAGACCAACAAGCAUACACCCAGCGGCAGCGUAACAAAGACGACAAGUAUGAGAUGAAGAAAGCGCUGCAGCGAGCCAACAUCUACCAACCACCCCGGGAAGAUGGCCCGCACCGCUUAACCAUCAAACAACAGUACCAAGACUUCCUCUACACCCAGUCCGGUCGUAUCCAUCCAGCAGGGGGGAGACCCGGCGAAAGAUGGAUCCAACACCCAAUACAACCCGCCAGACCACAAGACAGUAACACAGACUGGGCGGAGAUGCUCAACAGACACAAGCAACCGCGGCCAGAGCAGACACCUGACACCAGCCACACACCGACCAGCAGCACACAGCCCAACCAAGAAGCAGAUGCACCGAACACACCAACCGAACGACGAGCCGACCGCACGGAUGGAGCGCCAGCAUACACGGGCCCGUUGCCACCAAGCAUGCCACAGGACCCACUCACCAAAAUCCAUUUCCAACCGCACCAGGGAGGAUGGUGGCUGGAAGUCGUCGCCCUCAACCACGCAACAGACACCCCAAUACAACCACAACCCAACCAGCAACCUGCUCUACCACCGGGCACCACAGGCUUCCUGUAUCAGGAGGCCGAGGACACGAACCAGUGGACACUCCACAUCCACGAGGCCCCCGAGCAACACACGCAGCUCCCAGGAGGACCGCACCUCCAAGUACGCCCAUGGACAUGGAUCCAGCUCACCCUGGAGGACCCCAAUCCGACCCAUGCCAAUACCGGCCUCGCAACCUCCCCCGAGCCCGCAAGACCACCUUGA